UACUUACGCAUCCCUGGUGUCGCUUCCUCAAAUCUUGAUUCGUAUCCGUAUGAGCGAAAAGCUGCAAUAAGCCGCACGCAUAUUCUGUAAGAUAUUAUUAUAAAUGCACAUAAAAAAAUAGUUCAGCUGCAUUUUAUAAGAUGGGUAUCCUAGAAAAAAUAUCCGAAAUUGAAAAGGAGAUCGCUCGAACGCAAAAAAAUAAAGCUACGGAAUAUCAUCUUGGUCUUCUAAAAGCGAAGCUUGCAAAGUACCGAUCUCAGCUUCUAGAACCGUCGAAAAAGAGCGAAAAGGGAGAAGGAUUCGACGUUUUAAAAUCAGGAGAUGCAAGAGUCGCUCUUAUAGGGUUUCCUUCCGUCGGUAAAUCCACAUUACUGAGUACAUUAACCCACACAGAAUCAGAAGCUGCUUCUUACGAAUUUACAACUCUGACCUGCAUUCCUGGAGUUAUCGAAUACAAGGGUGCAAAUAUUCAGCUUCUCGAUUUGCCAGGAAUUAUCGAAGGAGCUUCUCAGGGAAAAGGUAGAGGAAGACAGGUAAUCGCUGUUGCCAGAACAGCAGACCUGGUGCUCAUGAUGUUGGAUGCAACAAAACAAGACGUGCAGCGACAACUCUUAGAAAGGGAGUUGGAAUCUGUCGGGAUUAGAUUGAACAAGCAGAAGCCGAAUAUAUAUUUUAAAAUUAAGAAAGGCGGUGGCCUGUCUUUCAAUUCGACCUGCCCUUUGACCAAAUGUGACGAGAAAUUGGUUCAACUGAUUCUGCACGAGUACAAAAUCUUCAAUGCUGAAGUUCUCUUUCGCGAUGAUUGCACUGCUGAUGAAUUGAUCGAUGUCAUUAAUGCCAAUCGAGUUUAUCUCCCGUGCCUUUAUGUAUAUAACAAAAUAGAUCAGAUCUCGAUAGAAGAAGUCGACAGAAUCGCUAGACAGGCUAACAGCAUCGUAGUUAGUUGUAACAUGAAGCUUAACCUGGACUAUCUUUUGGAUACCUUGUGGGAAUACUUGUCUCUCAUAAGGGUAUAUACGAAAAAACCAGGGCAACCUCCCGAUUUCGAUGACGGAUUGAUUCUUCGAAGGGGAGUCACGGUCGAACAUGUCUGUCAUGCCAUUCACCGAACUUUAGCGCAGCAGUUUAAAUACGCACUUGUAUGGGGUACAAGUACGAAGUAUUCACCUCAAAGGGUAGGAGUACAACACAUUAUGCAUGAUGAGGACGUCAUACAGGUGCUAAAGAAAUAAAAUUUGGAACUAUCAAACGGAUAUGAAAAGGUCGUUAAUAAAUUUGACUUACAUUAUAUGAUUAAUAUAGCAACUUGUACAUUUUAUAAACAAUAUAACUUGUCUCGAUAAACCUA